GGAACCCUAAAAGGAAGGGGAAGCCGGAGCCCCCAUCCCAAUCUCGAUUCGCCACUCCCAUCCCCGCCGGCCGCCGCUGGCCCCUUUCCCCUUCUCCGACCGGACCGCGCUCCUCAGGGCAGGGCAGGACGCGCAAUCCACUGCGGUCGCAUCUGUUUGCUGGAGACCCAAACUUUUAGGCGUCGAGACUCCAUCCCAGUCUGACUUCCUGCUCCGACCGCGCGCCUCAAGGAAGCUUUAUCUCGGCUCGGCUGGCUACAUCUUCUGUUUGCUGCUGCUGCUUAUUGGAGCUGGAACUUGGGAGUUGCUGAUCGACUCUGAAGAUGGGCCUGUCGCGUCGGGCUAAGAAUCUCAUCGUCGACGUCCCCUUCCAAGGCGCCAAAUGGCUACGCUGCGUCGAUCUGGCAGGCCAGCUGUUCGGUAACACCGCUACACCACCACCACCAACAACAAUCGCACAUGGAUCAGAGUCAGCAGCUGUGCAAGAAGACUACACCUCUCAGACACUGGUGUCCGACUCCUGUAAUCCCAAGAAGAAGGCAGCAGGCUUAAAGAUGGAGAGGAUUCGGCUUCCCAGACCCAUCCUCAAGUUUUGUUCUACACAUGGAUCCGACCAGAUUUCUCUCGACUGCUUCCCCCUUGUAGAUCGCAAGGUGGUAAUAGCGGACCACACCAGGCGUAUGUUCCUUUGUGACGCCGACACGCGCGCCGUGGUGAGUAUCCCAAACCUCCACAAGCCCAAGUCACGGCCCAUCUCUCUAUUCAUCCCAAGUACUGCUGAUGCCAAUGACCAUCCCAGCGUUGGCGGUGGCAGCCUCUAUGUCAUGGAGAGGGUUCCUGAGCCAGAGAAGGGCGAUGUGAAGCUGAGUGAUCAGUUUGAGGCCUUUGUGUGCAGCAACAUCUUUGAGGGCCCAUGGAACUGCCACCUCCUCCGGCCACCGCCAUUCGUCUCUGAUCGUACCUGCUGCUUCACCUACCCCAAGAUCACAUCCUAUGCAGUGGUCGGCUCUAACAUCUGCAUAUCCCACAACAGCUGCAACGCAACCUACUGCUUGGACACAGCGAGAAACACAUGGGAAGUCGGUAAUGGGAAUCUACCCUUGUAUGGCAAGGUUGUGUAUGUCCCUGAGCUCAAGCUCUGGUUUGGCUUCUCGACUGAGGCCAGGACCAUGUCGCCGUUGGCUGCUGCUGAUCUCUCCACCAUGGACUCCCACUCCCAGCCACAACUUAUUGGCGAUUGGAAGGAAUUUGACCCACCUAAGGGUUGGCUGGAAUCACAUGAUCCGCAGCUUGUCAACCUGGGCUCGGGCAGGUUCUGCAUUGCAAGAUUCUUCCGCAUUGUGUCUAUGGACGACGGUGAAAUAAUUGACAGGAUUGAAGUCUUCACCGGUGUGGAGGUGUUGCCGGUUGGACACGACGGCGAUGGCAGUGGAAAUACCAAACUUAAGCUUCGAAUGAAAAAGAACAAGUCGCUAUGCCACGUGUCUAAUGGCACCGUCAUCGCUGAUAUCUUCUGAAUAAUCUUUCAACACCCUGUUCUACCCAUCAUAAUGUAUGAUCUGAAUAACUUUUGGAGUUGACACUAUAUAUUAUCUGUUAGUUAUUGUUAUUAUUGGUUAGUUCAAAUGGAAGGAGGGAGUAUUACGUAUUGUCUCCUGCAACGGGACUGCAAAACCUGUUUGGUCAAAUACAAUUUUGAAUCCAGUAUGGAUUGUUGUUGCAAGGGAGAGCACAAAGUGAAGCUGAGAAUCAGGGUUGCAAGGUCCUCGAUCGAAGCAGAAUUUCAGAAUAUAACCAGACAAGACAGGAUAUUGAUCUAAAUUAAGAACUGAUGUUGGCAA